GGCUCACAACAAUGAGAAGUGCUAGCUUUAUAAGCGUGCCGUCGUAUUUGACUGAGCUUCAUUAAGGUUGUAACUCGACCUCCGUCACACCUGGAUGCAUCGACCACUGGUCUUAUCAGCACAUAAGACGAUCCGUGUCGGCCUCCAGCGCCACGACCUCCGGAGAGCGUGCCGAGCCCUCUCCGUCGCCCCGUGCUUCAAACCUCCAUCGCCAGCUGCUCACGCGCUCCACUUGUGUUUCUCCUCGGCACCCAGACUCCUGCGGCUCGCCCUCCACCGGCGUUUCUCCGACAUGGCGGAGCAGAGGUUCAUCGUGGAGUACGCCAAGCGCGGCACCGCGGGGUGCAAGAAGUGCAAGGACAAAAUCCCAAAGGAGGUGGUGCGCAUCGGGAAGGUGGUGCCCAACCCCUUCAGCGAGUCUGCGGGCGAGAUGAAGGAGUGGUAUCACGUGAAGUGCAUCUUCGAGAAGCUGGAGAAGGCGAGAGCCACCACCAAGAAGAUCGAGGACAUCACGGACCUGGAUGGCUGGGAGGAGCUGGAGGACCAAGACAAAGACAUCAUUAAUAAACACGUCUCGGACCUGAUGGCCAAAGUCAACGCCGCUCCGAAGAAGAAGACGCCGGUCAAGACGAACACCUCCGGUCACCUCCCGGCUCCUCCCGCUGACCCGUCCGUCAACGCGCCGCGGAAGUUCUCGGGCUUCACCGCUACGAAGGCCGGCGGCUCCGGCAGCCCGGCACCGUCCUCUCCCUCGGCCAAUGGCAGCCCCCUGUCCGUCCAGCUGUGCGACCCCCAGCACAAGGACUGCCUCUUCCGAGAGUUUCGCAAGCUCUGCGCCACGGUGGCCGAGCACAACAGCUACAACGUCAAGACGCAGAUCAUCGAGAAGUUCCUCAAGAAGGGCUCGGCCGGAGAUAAAUUCCACGGAGACCUUUACCUCACGGUGAAGAUGCUGCUGCCCGGCGUCGUGAAGAGCGUCUACAACCUCAACGACAAGCAGAUCGUGAAGCUCUUCAGCCGCAUCUUCCGGAGCAACCAGGACGACAUGGUGCGCGACCUGGAGCAGGGCGACGUGUCUGAAACGGUGAGGAUAUUCUUCGAGGAGAGCAAGUCGUUCCCGGCGGCGACCAAGAGCCUGCUGACCAUCCAGGAAGUGGACGCGUCGCUCGUCCGCCUCGCCCAGCUGACCAAGGAGGACGAGCAGCAGACGGAGUUGGAGGAAAUCUCCAAAAAGUGCACCAGUAACGACCUGAAGUGCAUCGUCCGGCUCAUCAAACACGACUUGAAGAUGAACUCCGGAGCGAAACACGUCUUGGACGCCGUGGACCCGAACGCGUACGACGCCUUCAAGGCCUCGCGUAACCUGGGCGACGUGCUGGAGCGCGUGCUGAGGAACCAGCAGGACUCGCCCAGCGGCUCGGGGCCCAAGAAGCUCCUCUCCGUGGAGGCCUCGCUCAUGACCCCCGUGCAGCCCAUGCUGGCGGAGGCGUGUAAGUCCAUCGAGUACGCCAUGAAGAAGUGCCCCAACGGGAUGUACUCCGAGAUCAAGUACGACGGGGAGCGGGUGCAAGUCCACAAGAACGGCGACGUGUUCAGCUACUUCAGCCGCAGCCUGAAGCCCGUGUUGCCUCACAAGGUGGCCCAUUUCAAGGAGUUCAUCCCUCAGGCGUUCGCCGGGGGCCACAGCAUGAUCCUGGACGCCGAGGUCCUCCUGAUCGACACCAACACCAGUAAGCCCCUCCCCUUUGGGACGCUGGGGGUCCACAAGAAAGCCGCCUUCCAUGAUGCCAAAGUUUGCCUGUUUGUGUUCGACUGCAUCUACUUCAACGGCGUGAGCCUCAUGGAGAGGCCGCUGUCUGAACGCAGGAAGUUCCUGCACGACAACAUGGUGGAGGUGAAGGACCGCAUCCUGUUCUCAGAGAUGAAACACGUCACCAGGGCAGGAGACCUGGCUGAAAUGAUAACUCGAGUCAUCAGAGAGGGACUUGAAGGCCUCGUGCUAAAAGACUUGAAGGGCACCUAUGAACCGGGGAAGCGCCACUGGCUGAAGGUGAAGAAGGACUAUCUGAACGAAGGCGCCAUGGCGGACACGGCCGACCUGGUGGUGCUCGGGGCCUUCUAUGGAAAAGGCUCCAACGGGGGCAUCAUGUCCAGCUUCCUCAUGGGCUGCUUCGACCCGCACUCCAAGAAGUGGUGCACCGUCACCAAGUGCUCCGGCGGCUACGACGACGCCACGCUGGCCCGCCUCCAGAAGGAGCUGGACGUCAUCAAAAUCAGCAAGGAGCCAAGCAAGAUCCCCGGCUGGCUGAAAAUCAUCAAGAACUAUUAUCCUGAUUUCAUCAUCCGUGAUCCUCAGAAGGCUCCGGUCUGGGAGAUCACCGGCGCCGAGUUCUCCAAAUCCGAGAUGCACACGGCGGACGGCAUCUCCAUCCGCUUCCCGCGCAUGACGCGCAUCCGCGACGACAAGGACUGGAAGACCGCCACCAACCUGAGCCAGCUCAAGGAGCUGUUCCGCAUCUCGAAGGAGAACUGUGACUUCCAGGUGACGGCCGGCCCGUCGGCGACGGCCCACGACAAGAGCUCCUCGGGGGGGGACAGCGGAGGAAGCUCCCCGACCCCCCCGACCCGCAGGCCUCCACCCAAGAAGACCAACAUCACGCCCAAAACUAAGGUGGUGAAAUCUGAGCCUCGCAGUCCUGGCUCAGAAGCACCGAGUGCUAAGAAGGUGAAGAGUGAGAGCGUCCAGCGUCAGGUGAAGAGUGAGAGCGUCCAGCGUCAGGUGAAGAGUGAGAGCAGUAACGGACAAACGAAGCCAACGUCCAAACUACUGGAGCCACGAAAUGACCCGACGCUGCUGGACAUCUUCAGCGGCGUGAAGCUCUUCCUGCCCGUCUCCCUGCAGGACGUCGACAAACUGCGCCGCUACUUCGUGGCGUACGACGGCGACGUCGUCCCCGACUACGGCGCCUCCUCCGCCACGCACACGCUGGCCGCCGCCGAGGACGCCGGCCACGAGGCCCAGAGGGUGUCGCCCGCCUGGGUCUGGGAGUGCAUCCGCAAGCGGCGGCUGGUUCCCGCCUGCUAGCCGAGAACACGCCAGUCCGUUAGCAUCACGGAAGGAUCCGGACCCCGCGGUCGGGUUGCCGACACAAUGAGAUUAUUUUGGGGAAGUCGAGGCGCUCCGGGUCGAUUACACUCAGGUCUUUGGAUGUCGUUUCCGUACGCGUCGUAUGAAAUGUGCCGCAGACGUCGAGCGUUUUGUUUUUGUUAAAGCAGAAAAUCAUGGAAAGUUGUUUAGAAAAAACUCAUUUUGUUUUUACCACGAGGAAAAGACGUGACAUCAUGUCUGACACGUUUAUGAUGCUUCUGGUUGGUCAAUAAAAAUCACAGCUUGCUAGUCACAGUAAAUAUGUUGGAGACGACAAAAGGAGAAAGGCUUGAGAUGAUGUCAUCAUCCACUGCAUGUCAUAUAAAAGUCAUUUGACGGAU